GUCGCGAAUGGUGCGGCCGAGCCAGGUCUACCAGAUAGCGGUGAACAUCCUGCACAGCCCGCUCCCGAUAAUGGUCCACGCCUCGAUCCAGCGAAACGGGGUAGAAAUCGCGGCGACCUACCAGGAGAUCCAGGAGGGCAUACCCGAGAAGCUGAUGAUGAAGAUGCCACCGACUUCGGUGCCCGGUGAUUACAGGCUCAGGGUGGACGGCAAUUACAACAGCCUCACCGGGGGCCAGGCCUUCUCCAACGACACCCAGCUCGUCUUUAGUCAAAGAUCCAUGACCAUCUUCAUUCAGUGCGACAAGCCGGUCUACAUGCAGGGACAGACCAUUAGGGUCCGUACUAUACCGAUCAACACCGAGCUGAAGGCGUUCGACGGUACGGUCGAGGUGCACAUACUGAAUCCCCAGGGCCGCAUAAUGCGCCGCUGGCUCAGUCGGCAGAGCAAUCUCGGCUCGGUCUCGCUGUCCUACCAGCUCUCCGACCAGCCGGUCUUUGGCGAGUGGAGGAUCAAAGUGAUAGCCCAAGGCCAAGUCGAGGAACAGUCGGUCUUUGUCGAGGAGUACUACCAGACGCGCUUCGAGGUCAACGUCACGAUGCCGGCCUUCUUCUUCGAGAACGAGCUCUACAUACACGGCAUCGUACAGGCGAAUUACACCUCCGGCGCCCCGGUCAGGGGCAAUUUGACCCUCAAGGCGAGCUUCAAGCCGAUCAACAAGUACCGGCAGACCAGCGGCACUUUCGAGAACGUGCCCGACCGGUACUUCACCUUCGACGAGUACUACCCGUCCUGGUUCAAUCCGUUCGAGCGCUUUCAGGAGUCCGUGCCCGUCCUCAGGUUCUUCAACGGGACCUACAAAUUCCGAUACCCGAUGAGCGAUCUCCUGCAGUACGUGCCAACGACGGCUGAGGGCGUCGAGGUGCAAGUCACAGCCACGGUGGGUGAGCACUUCCUCGAGGAGGUCAUCGUAGGCUACUCGACGGCACGCAUCUACAACUCGAGCGUCAAGAUCCACUUUGCGGGUGGCUCACCCCAGGUCUUCAAGCCCGGCAUGCCCUUCGACCUGAACCUCGUGGCGUCCUUCCACGACAGCUCGCCCCUGAGGCCCGAGCAGUUACAGGGCGCCCAACUGGAGCUGCGCGGAGACAUCGAGACGCGCAGUAGCGGCCGACGCAGCCUGGACUCCCACUCUUUCAAGGUCUCUCCGGAUAACGACGCAAUCUGGUCUCUCAGGAUCGAUCUGCGGGAGCAACUGUACCUGCCGAGAAACUCGAGCGAUACGCAGCACUUGCUCAACGACAUAAUAACGAUGCGCUUUUUCGCGGAUUUCCGUGACGCGGAGGGCCACACGGCCCACGCCGAGCUGUUGAUGCUCGCCCACGAGUCUCCCGGCCAGAAGCACAUCAAGGUCUGGACGUCGACGGAGAAGGCCACGGUCGGCGAGUACCUCGUCCUCCACGUGCAGACCAACUUUUACAUCGAGAGCUUCAACUACCUGAUCACGUCCAAGGGCUCGAUCGUCCUUACCGGGGACGAGCUCAUGCAGCAGACCAUCAAGACCUUCGCCAUGCGUUCCGUAACAAAGUUCGACAGCGAGGGGGAGUAG